AUGAGUUCUGGAGUCGCCGUUGCUAUUCCUAGAGGGGACUUUCUUAGCGAAAGAGAUUACAACCAUGUCAGUGACAAUGAGUAUAAAAAAUACCGUGAACUUGCCAAACAAGCCCAAAGACGUCGUGCUGAACUCUCUGCCGAGUCUCAAAAUGCCUAUAAGCAAGGUGAUAAAGAAUUAGCCCAUGAGCUUUCUCUCAAGGCCAAGGCAGAACUUGCCAAAGCUGACCAAUAUAACGAUAAAGCGGCAGAAUACGUGUUUGUUGCCAAUAAUGAUGAUAGUUCUCAAGUUGAAAUCGAUCUCCACGGUCUCUUUGUCAAAGAAGCUGAAGAAAUUCUUAAAAAACGUAUCAAUGCUGACCUUUCUAGAGGUGCUUCUGAAUUGCAUGUUAUCGUUGGUAAGGGACUUCACUCAAAAGACGGUGUGGCUAAAAUCAAACCAUCCGUCCAGAAAUUGUGUGAUGAAGCAGGAUUGAACUGCCAUGUUGAUCCAAAGAAUACAGGGGUGAUGAUCAUCAAAUACUCCCAUUCAAAUGCCAUUCCUCACUGGCCUUCAGCAUCCCAACCUCAAACCCAACAACCAGGGUAUCAACAACAACCUCAUUAUGGUGGCCAACAACAACAACAACAACAACAACAACAACAACAAGGUACCGGGAACACUCUUAUCGAUUCUUUGUUACAACUUGUUUGUUUUUGUAUCAAGAACUACAGCAAAUAA